AGAUAGAUAUUAGAUGAUUAAUAUUUACCUCAGUCAUUUAAUAUAAUAAAUUAUUCAUUCAUCAAUUUUGAUAUAUAGAUGAAUUAUACAUAAAACUAAUAUUAGUCAUAAUUAUCUCCAAACCUACAAAAUCACAAGUUUAAACUUUGACAAUAUCCCACCUAACCUAAUAUUAUCCCUUUUAUAUUAGUGUUUAUCUACUUCAAAAUUACCCUCUCUAGCCAUUGUGUUUAAUUAUUCCCACAAAGACCCAUAUAAUAAAUUGUUUUUUGUAUACUCCAUCCAAAGUAAAAAUAAAGAAAAAGGAAAAGGAAAAUAAAUAAAUAGAUAAAAAGAAAGGAAACUGAAAACUGAAAAGUCAACAUUCAACCGUCAACCCUCUAGAAAUUGAAUUGUAUUGAACAUGCAGUCCGAAAUUGCCACGAAUUUCACAAGUCUCAUAUUCCCACAAACACAGGAUCAAAGAAAUUUAAAACAAAACAAACACACCCCAAUAAAUAAUAAAACCUAAAACCUCUUCCCUUUCUCUCUACGCUCGACUCUAUGUUUCUGUUUCACAAACAACCCUUAAUGCCAAAACAAACAGCAGCAGACCCUCCUUUCCUCCACCGUGUUCCGCCGCCUGUGGCCAUGAAUUUUGGCCUGGAAAAUGAAGGGGAAGAUAGCCCAUUAUUUGUACACAGAGACACAUAUGAUUUAAACAGCAAGAUCAUGCUCGCUGCAAUAACUUCUUUAUCAUUUGUUGUGGUACUAGUUAUAGUACUUCAUAUUUAUGCAAGAUGUGUUCUCAGACGCCAAGCUCGUGAGAGGGCUAAUAUUCGCCGCCUAGGGCUAGCUACAGCCACCAGUGAGCCACCGAAGACCGGACUUGAUCCGGUGGUCAUUGCCUCACUUCCUAUAUUUGUGUAUAAGCAAAGCAAUGGGGACCAGGAAGAUAAUGAUCAGGAAUGUGCUGUUUGUUUAAGUGUUCUUCAAGAUCAAGAAAUGGCUAGGUCAUUACCUAAUUGUAAGCACACUUUUCACGCAGAAUGUAUCGAUAAGUGGCUAACUUCACAUUCUACUUGCCCCAUCUGUCGAACGGAGGCUGAGCCGAGGAUUCAGCCCGAGCCACGUGAGGGUCCGGUUCCAGCUGGUGGUGCAGCCACGGCUCCGCCGUUGGAGCAGGUGGGCACAGAGGGGACUUCAGAGAGUGGAAAUCAAUCUUCUAGUAACAAGGCUAGUGGUUCAAUUUCUCGGUUGAGUUCGUUCCGUAGAAUACUUAGCAGGGAAAGAUCAUCGAGAAGAAUUCAAUCUGAAACUCAAGAACAAGGUUUAGAAGAUUUAGAGAGACAGUAAUUUUAGGUAAUGGCAUGUGUCUACAUUUGUUUUCUGGAUUAUUAUAAUUCAUGUAUUUUUAUUAUAUAUUUAAUAGACAAAAAGGAAUAGUACAGAAUACAAUGUCAUAAUCGCCAUUCACACAUAUAUACAAUUAAAUUGCCUUAGUUCAAAUAAGGUGAUGGUAUACGAACAAUACUUAGAUUAUUGAUGUGUAAAUUGAAUUUCUCGACAUUGUAACAUUUCUAUAUUUUUGGGUUACAUUCUCAA